UAAAACGUGUCUGAAUUAACUGGGUUCUACCUCAUCCUCAGGACCUUAUCUUCAGCUGGACUGGACCCCCCCAGGAACUGGGUAAGUGGAGAGUCUAGAGCCUGAAUCCUUCACCUGAAACAUGACCACCAAUAGCAGCCGAGAACCUCCAUCUUACUUUUCCAUCAUCAAAGAGGAACCAGCCUUUUUCAGCGUUAAAAAAGACAUCAUUGAAGACAUCACCUUCUUGGUUCAGGUGCCUUCCCUGAAAGUAAGGAAGCAAGUCAGGAGGCAAGGUACUGUGGUUUGCCGGGCUCAGGUUGGCUCCCAUCAACUGUGGGUAGGAUCCAGGAUCACACAGCAGCAGGAAUCGUAUAGCUGGAAGAAAGGAGUCCAGGGUGUACAGAGGAAGGAGCAGGAAGCAGAUCCCAGAAGUUUCUCUCCUCUGGAGGACCUGGGACCAGGAUCUCAUCCCCCAGAGGUCUGUGGAGCAUCAACACCAAUUGUAAGAACACACCUUUGUUCCUUCAAGAUAGAAACCAAAUGUUUAUUUCUUGGCCCACACCAGGUAAAGGGGAGCAGGAUGAAACCAGGGUCCAAGAAGAGGGCAGAAGGGUGGAAGAGAGGAAGGGAAGUCAGUAGAAAGAAAGGGUCUCAGAGACUGUCUGAGGCUGACUCUACAUGGACUGAAAUCUGCCUACCAGGGAGAAAAGGGAAUUUUGUACAGAUUUAUGAAACAACCUCACUGAAAGGGGUGGGAGAAAAAGGUGCCACCCUAGGUAACUCUGGAAAUCAGUGGAGUCUACAAAACUAA